UCAAGCAUGGAAGUGAAAGAGGAUAUGGGUACCCAAAGUGAGCAUCAGACAUCAAAAGAUGCUUUGAUUGACAUCAGCUUUUGCGGAUCCACUCCUCUGUUGUGGAAGGUGUCGGGCAUGAAAAGGGGCAGAUCUGUGGGUGUGAUCGGGGCUGUGGUGGGCUCUCUGGCUCGUCAGCCUCGGCAGAACGUGCGGCUGGGCAGACCGCUGGAGCUCCUGCAGGAGGAGGCGCUGCUGCUGGAGGAGACGAGCACUUCUGCUGCUUCACUGCAACCUCAGGCUCGUGGAGAUGAGGAGAGGCAUUCGGAGGCGGUGAGACAGUAUGAGGCCGGUCUGGAGAGCAGUUCUAAGGAGCAGUGUGCUCUGGCCCUUGAGGACAAGGAGACAGUGCUGAGGAGAAUCAUGAAUGAGAAGGAGAAUGAUAACAGAAUCUAA